AUGCUGCUCAAAUUCACUACCCCAGAUAUGCUCAACACUUUGCUCAUCGACGCCACCACAGGUCGAUGCGCCUACGAAAUCGUCACUGCUACCGUGCCACCCUCCGAAUUAGUUGAGCCAGACACCCCUCUCGACUCAAGCUCUGCGUCGGGGUCGUCGUCAUCUUUUGCUUCGGGUUCCUCAAAGCAGAAGCCAUCUCCCACCGCUGCUCGGCUUGUGCAGAGGCGCACGACGAUAAAAGAUUUUUCAGGAACUAUUCUGGUCGACAUUAAAUGGAAUGGUCGACGCCCCGAUAUUUCUAUCGGAAAGGAACACAUUGGUGGUCUACCAGAACUUUUUGGUUCCUCCACGAUCCGUUUUAUGCCAAAAAUUCUUGCUGUUCCAACUCGUUUUGAUACAGAGUUUAUUUGGACAUCGACAGCGGACUCACUGACGCUGUUCGACUAUGAUUCCGAAACAACGACAGGAACUUUUCAUCAUAAUUGUAUCCGAAUUCCUACACGCGCUAAACUGUCCAAGAUGAAAACGUCCUCAUCCUCCAAAGUGAACCUCUCUUCGCCCUCUUGCCCAAAGCUAUCCCUUCGUUCCUCGAGAGCCAAACUCUCCUCACCUUCCAAACUGACAUUGGCGUCUCCGCCAUCAUCUCCUAUUGAUGAACCUUGCGAUCCACCAUCGAUAACAUCGUCGUCAUCGUCAUCUCCGCAGACCUCAUCAAGAUCCACAUUUAUCUCAACACACCUUCCUGGGGUUGGUUCUAACUAUCUUGAAUUUACUCCACAUCCUCUAGCUCCCGACGUUGAGAUUAUUCUUUCCUUUUUAAUGAUGGAGAUACUUCGUCGCGGUCGCUUCUGCCUUACGCCGUACACCUUUGACCGCCCAAGGAUGUGGCAAUUGAAAGAGGCUCGGGAUCUCUUCAUGAGACGCCUCCGACGGAAUACAGUUUAGCAUUGAAUAUCGAAUUCCUUUCCAUUCAUCACCUCUUUGAGGAUUAUUUUUAUCAUCAUUUGUUCUCAACAGGGUUGAUUUUUUGUCCCCUGCCACUCUCCUUUUUUCAUUAGCAAGCAUUACCUUCACAUGUGUAUUUACAUAGGAAAUUAAGGAAUAAAUCAGCGUUCUCAUCC